AAUGCUAAUCCAAGACUUUCACUGUAGUGUGUAGUGUAGGUAGACUGUAGUUGCAGUUGGGAGAUGGAUUUUUGGGAUUAGUUGUGCCAGUGUGAUGUUGUCGAGCUUCAGCGAGGGUAAAACUUGGGCACUAGUGUGUUGGGAAGCUGCUCUGCCGCUUGCUUCUGUCCAGCAGCUGGACAGUGCCUGGAUUACUGCGCAUUUUCUCAUGGCUUAGUACAGGAUGUGGCGUCGUCAAAACGACAAGGACUCUAUAAGCGGCUUCCGUGCGCGAUCGUACCUACGUCAGCUGGAGCUCGAGGCUUACUCAUCUGUUGUCUCAGCCUUCCUGCUUCAGGGUGAUCUGACUGAGUCUCGUAAGCUAGCUCUCCAGACUGUGUGCAACCAAUUGCACAUUUCUGAAGACCGGCAUAAGGCUGAGAUUCGACGAGCUCUGUGCGAUGUGGACCUCAAGAAAGCCGCUGAGAUCCUUCGUGGAAGUGAUCCCUGUUUCUUGUGGAGCUUGGAGUGCAAGCAUGAAGUUCCGAACCGACCUACGGUUGUUCCACAAAAUGCUGUUAUUACUGCCACAAGGCACAUUGUAGCAGCCGCUGUGGCCAACCAAGAGAUCACUGCACAGGAUGUAGCACGGCAUAGCAUGCCAAAGCUGAAGCCACCUGGCCAUCGAACACUGUUCAUUGCACCAUCUCGUGAACCUCUUACAGUUGAUGACCUCAUGAUGGGUACGGAGCCGGAGAAACCGGUCGCUCGUAAGCUCAGCACAAGAGAGGUCAUGGCAAAGGCUAUCAAGGCACUGUACGAUGCUAGCAACCCACCACAGUCUGACGCAGCAUCCACUGCAAGCGACACCACAACGGCGGAUCACCACUCUAUGAAUAAUGCCAGUAGCAAUGUGAACAUCAGAGUCACUAGCUCUCAAGUGCCACUGUCAUCCAGUUCCACAAGCCCCUCACCUGCUGACUCUCACCAGCCAAGUAUUGCUAUCACAGCGGUAGCAGCAGAGCGACUUUGUCAUCUUGCUUCGCGUUUGAUUGAGCAGGAAACUCGGCCGGUUUCAAUUCGCAAUGAGUUACCAAUUUCCACUCGCGGUGAGGCAAGCAGCGCAGCCACUACUGUCAACUCUCGACUACUACCACCCCAUUCAUCUGUUAGCACCGCCUCAAGCACUUCCAUGGACAUCAUGCUGGAUAAGAAACUUGCCCGUAAGAAGGUUGGCCGGCGCUCUACCAAGAAUGGUGAUGAGAGGGCGCCUAAGCUAGGUGUGACCGUGGGGGAGGCUCCUUUGAAGGGUACUCCUGGCAGGAAGCCUAAGGCAGUAAACCCUGAUGGUCGUCCCAAGCAGCGUCGGCGGCCAAAGCAGGUCCAGGAUGGACUGGUGGACGUCAAGCAGCCGAUGGUGUCGUCUUUGCCACCAUUGCCACCGGAGGCAAGUAUGCUGUCACUGGCGCCGCCAUCAGCACUACCUAUUGGUGUUGUUGGUAUUCCUGAGAACACAAGCACUCUAGACCUACUUGCUGGAAUGGCUCUGGAAAGAAAUCUUGUUGGGAAUAGUGACGGACAGACCUCCAUUUCUAAGAUGACAACAUCUGUACAAGCACCACUUGGCUUGCCUCCAAUUGCGGAUGUGCCGCCAAAGCUGAAUACUCAUGGUACUGUGCAAAGUAGUUCUUCCACACUUUCUCUGCCGCUCCCUCCUGCUGGGUGCAGCACCUCGACACAGGUGCUCUCGCCUUCGCUGGCAGCAGCACUGCCAUCGUCGGCUUGGCUAACGAAUGCUGUGUCGGCGGUGGUUCCCCACGCCACCCUCCUGCCAGGCACAUCCAUAGCCGUUAGUCAGGCAUCCAUUGGUGGUGCUGUUACCAAUGUUGUUUCGUCUACACUACAGACCUGUUCAACCUCAACAACAGUUCAGCCUAGAGUACACAAUUCUGGCUCCCCAUCGUCCCCAGUUAAUGCCAAUGCUGCAUUGCACUCUUUAGCCGCUGCUGCCAUUGCGAAUAGGGCAUCCCCAGGUGCAUCUGCAGCAAGUCUGCAAUCUGGCUUGCCACUACUUCCGUUAGCAGCUCAGCAACUGUACAGCUCCAUGCCAGCUACUGAUACCUUACCACAUCGCUCCUCAUUCAGCUCAGUAACGUAUCAGUCGGAGUCUCUUACACAGCUCGGAAUUGUGCCACAGCAGUUUGCUGGUGUGCUGCGUAGCAACAGCACUGGAAGUAGUAGCAGUACUAAUGCUGCUGCUUCUGCUCCGACCCCUGCCAGCAGUGUGAUCAACAACAUCGAUAGUGUGAGUGACUCGCCUGUUGUCACUGUGCAGACAAGCUGCAUGCAAGCUAGCACCACCUCGACACUGAGUAGCAACACUGGCAAAGGCAUUGAUGGCGCACCGCCCAGCGCAGCUAUGCAGCAGGCACAGCAGCAGGGGCAAGAGGGUGUUAUCGCCUGUUCACCGCCAUCGAUUAGCGGCGCUGCUGUUGUAGGUGCACAGACUGCUGCCACCAGUGUCUUGCAAACCAGUGCCGAUCUGUUGCAAAGUAGCUCCUCGGGUGACAUGCGUAGUGCUGCUGCUGCUGGCCAAUUGUCAAGUAGUGGCAAUGUCACCUCUGGAAGUCCUUUGGAAAGGUUGCCAGUGGUUUCAGCGGGAACGGCGGGGUCAUCUUUGCUUCCCACUGCUCAAGUGGAUCUACAGAACAGUAGUUAUUCUAGUGGAGGAACGUAUCCAAGUAAUGGUGAUGAGAGUGCAGGUGGCUUCAAGCAGGUUUCCCACUUGGCAGCUGACAUGUCUGGGAAUAACGAUGAAGUUGCAGCUAUUCUACAAAAGGCUGGUAGUAAUUUUGAUGAAUCAUCUCCGGUGGCAGCAGGAAGUGAGAAUCCCCUGGAUGAUGUCACUUUACCCGAUGACCAGCAGCUGGAUGAACUCAUUCGAAUGUGUCAGGAAUCUGAUCCUAGUGCAGAGAAAAUGGGAGGCGUUUCGCCCGACCUCGCUCGUGCUUUCAGUACCGUGGCGUCACCAACUCCAUCAACUGUGGCCGCUGCCGCCGCAUCUUUGGAACAAAUGGUGGCAGCAACGGCGAUGAUGAGGAGUGAUGGUGUUAGUGGCGCCGGCAAUGGUCGGGACAGCAGCAGCAGUAUAGACUGUGCAACAUCUGUCUUGUCCAGUGCAAUUCCCUCUGUACCGGAGAGUAUUGAUGAUCUUGAAGAAGCCGAUGGUGAGAUGACUCUCAUAACCAGUUCAGUUACAGCAAACAGUGGCACCUCUGCAGGUGCGCUGGACGACUCCACACGCCUAAGCAGCACAAACGAUGAUGUGGCGGUCCUCAUCGGGGAACCUCCUUGCGAUGAUGGUGAUCAACUAUUGACGGAAAUUGUGCCAACCGCCAAUGGCUUGUCACCUGAUCACCCUGCAAUUGAGGACUCCCUCAACCACAGUGUAGUUCUGGCUCACAAUCAUGGCGCCACUAUUUCUGUGUUGUCGCAGCCGUCGCCACUUCCCGCUCCUCCAGUGAACUUGGCUGAUUGCACCGAAGCUACCAACACUUUGAUUCAGCAGCCUACCGAGACAUUGAUUCAGCAACAGCAGCCUACCGAGACUUUGAUCCAGCAACAACAGCCAACAGAUACUUUGGUUCAGCAGCAAGAGCUGGAGGAAAAAAGCGCAUCAUCUGUGCUUGUUCAUGGGUCUGCUGCGCUUGUAGAGCCACCCUCUAAUGCUCCACAGCAUCAAAGACAGAAGAGUGAAUCUCCAACCAAGCGCCCAUCCACUGAGCGGCGGAAACGCAGGUCGACAUCAUCCGAUGACGACUCCUGGGUGAAGGCUGCGCUGGGGCUUAUGCAACGCAUGAACAAGUUUCGCGGUCACAACCGGUCUAAAAACCAAUUCAAUGCAUCGGCGUGGUUUUUGCAGCCAGUAAACCCUAAGACGGCGCCGGGCUACCUCGACAUUGUCAAGAAACCUAUGGACUUCGGAACCAUCAAACGAAAAUUGGAGCAAGAUGCCUAUUCUACUCACAUGGAGUGGCUGAAUGACAUACGUUUGGUGAGAUCCAACUGUCACCUCUACAAUUCACCUGAGCAUCCAGCUGUGAAGGAUUGUGAAGAGGUGUUUGCUUUCUUUGAAAGCGAGUAUGAGAAGCUCAAGGACCAAUGGGAAACUAUCGCAAGCGGACAGCCUGCAAAACGAGUCCGUCCUGGCCACCAGCUGAACACGUAGCGUAAACUCACGGUACGAUGCCCGCAUGUUUGGCCGCCGUACCGUAUUGCAUCAUCUCUCUUGUCCAUGCAAGAAGGCAACAAAGGAAAGUCUUUCUCUCUAUUUUGCAUGCUCCCAUACUUUGCUGCAUGUCUGAUACAAAACAAUGUCCUCUAUCCGUCGAGGCUUGUCACAUGUUUAGGCAAUUCAUAUCAAUACACAUUAUGCUGCCUGAUCUUUUUUCGCAAAUAGAUAUUGCUGUAUCCACUUAGCGCUUGCCCAUAUUCAAUCCUCUGCCUCAAACUGUGUUUGUGCCGUAUGAUGCGACUCUUGUACGAUACAUGGGCAUAACAGCCCGAUCAUGCCUUGUCCGCCCUUGCCUUGUCCGCCCUUGAUUUUGAGAACUUCCAAAAUCUGGCACCGCCUUGCCAAUCACUCUGGUUUUGAAAAAAAUUAUAUCCUUGUUGACAUGUGAAGAAAUCUCAAUGUUGUUCUUUAUGCUAGUAGCUGAUUCAUCAGCGGUGCGCGUCCUCUUCCGUUCCUACCGUUGUCUCUUACACCCUGUUUGUGUUGGUGGGUAAAAGUGGGGUCUAUUGCCCUCGUGUAGCCACUUUGUUCCCAUUUGUUUGCCAGUACGUUCUUAGAUCAGUAGCAGCAGUAUUAGUACCUUUAUCUUCCUUUACUCUUCCUCUGUCGUGCUCACUUCUCUCUCUCUCUCUCUCUCUCUCUCUCUCUCUCUCUCUCUCUCUCUCUCUCUCUCUCUCUCUCUCUCUCUCUCUCUCUCUCUCUCUCUCUCUCUCUCUCUCUCUCUCUCUCACACACACACACACACACACACACUCACACACUCACGCGCUCGCUCACUUCUCUCUUUCUCUCUCAGUGUUGUUUUUGCUUCCCUGAUUCUCUCUCAUGUGUUACCUCUCACACCAACCAUGGAUCAUAUGACAUGCUUUGUACUAUAUCUAGUCUUAUUCCUAUUUCAAUCGUUAACGUCUAGCUCCAGAGCUCGUUCUUCUAUUUGUGAUGACAAAGCUACUUCGCAAGAUC